CUAGUGGUUGCUAUGUUCUGCAACAAAUAUGCUGUUUCACCUGCCAUAUCAUUAUUAUUAUGCCGUAUUUAACAUUUAACAGUUUAUUAGCAAAUUAGCAUGGGCUCAUAAGGCUUUCACAAUUAAUACAGUUUAAUUUAAUAGCUGUAGUUAGGUUACUGUUUUUGAGGAAGCUGUCAUGAUAGCCUACAUGUUUGUAGGCUAAUUGAGAUACACUAACUGUGAACAACACAAAUGCGCGUGAAUCUCUAAGCUUCGGAAGUGUUUGUUGUGGCAUUUAGGAACAGGUUCUUUCUAUUAAAAAUGCGUUCAUAGAACUAUAAGGAAGCGUAAAUAUUUCAAAGGAAAGUGUAGCCUACAGACAAAUCAGGUGUGGCAUUUGCCCUCAUCUGAUUUGACCACACACCUGCUGGCUGCGCGAGACAGAGAGCCAAAAUUUAGUCGAGUGCGGAAAAUCACACGCAAACGACGAUCGCUGUGUAGCUACUAGAGAAAAAGGGACGUAUAUACGUAUGCUUAUGAAUGGAAUAAUGUAAUGUAAUGUAAACGAUUUUAACAUUUUUCUUUUUAUCUUUUAGACUACAUAUUUACUAUUGUAUUUAAGCUAUGUCAACUUUUGGCACAUGCUUAUGAUCUGAUAAAAUAUGGUGUUUAAUUUUGAUGUAAGGACGCAUCUCAACUUUUUUAUUUUGUGCGUAAUUUUUGUGUCUGGAUAUGGAGCAAACGCCAAUGUUGCUUAUAAACCGACUACUCCAUCUAAACUUCCCCCAUGGAAAACGAUGGGUGAGACUGAUGCUGACCCUGGCAAAACAACCCAAACGGUGUUUACACUGAACUACCCUCGUAUUCAGAUCCCGUUUGAGAUUACUUUAUGGGUGCUGCUUGCUUCCUUUGCCAAAAUAGGUUUCCAUGUCUACCAUAAGAUCACGGUCUGGGUGCCGGAAUCCUGUUUGCUGAUCUCCAUUGGUCUCAUAGUGGGGGGCAUCAUGCACUCGGUGCACGAGCAGCCACCUGCAGUGCUCACCUCCAACGCCUUUUUCCUUUACAUGUUGCCACUCAUUGUUCUAGACUCAGGCUACUUCAUGCCCACUCGGCCUUUUUUUGAGAAUUUUGGCACGGUGCUGUGGUAUGCUGUUGUUGGUACCUUGUGGAAUUCCAUUGGCAUUGGCAUCUCCCUGUUUGCCAUCUGCCAGAUCGAGGCUUUUGGUGUGCAGGACAUCAACCUGCAGGAGAACCUCCUCUUCGCCUCCAUCAUCUCAGCCGUAGAACCGGUUGCUGUGCUCGCUGUGUUUGAGGACAUCAGCAUCAACGAGCAGCUCUAUAUUGUGGUAUUUGGAGAGUGCCUGUUCAAUGAUGCUGUCACUGUGGUGCUGUAUAAUUUUUUCAAUCGUGUAGCAGUGAUGCCUGUGAUUGAAGCUGGAGAUGUUUUUCUGGACAUAGGUAGUUUUUUUGUGGUGGGUUUGGGUGGUGUGCUUUUGGGCCUACUGUUUGGCUUUGUGGCAGCCUUCAGCACACGCUUUACUGGAAAAGUGAGAGAGAUCGAGCCUCUUAUCAUCUUCAUGUUCAGUUACCUGGCCUAUCUAUUAGCUGAGCUCUUUGCCAUCUCCAGCAUCAUGGCCAUUGUAACCUGCGCUUUGACUAUGAAGUAUUACGUGGAGGAGAAUGUAUCCCAGCGUUCCUGUACCACUAUUCGCCAUGUCAUUAAGAUGGUUGGAAGUGUGUCAGAAACUCUGAUCUUUUUCUUCCUGGGUGUUGUUACCAUAACAACAGAGCACGAGUGGAACUGGGGCUACAUCCUCUUUACUCUGCUAUUUGCUCUGCUUUGGAGAGGCCUAGGAAUCCUGGUCCUAACGCAGAUCAUUAACCCUUUCCGCACAAUUCCUUUCAACUUCAAAGAUCAGUUUGGUUUAGCCUAUGGUGGGCUGAGAGGAGCCGUGUCCUUUGCCUUGGCCUUCACUCUCCCUGAGAGCAUUGGCUGCAAAAAACUAUUCAUCACAGGCACGAUUGUCGUCAUCAUCUUCACAGUGUUCAUUCAGGGAAUUACAAUAAGACCUCUUCUAAAAUUAAUGAAUGUCCGUAAGACAAAUCGAAACGUUGAGACCAUUAAUGUUGAGAUUCACAAAAGGUUAAUGGAGCACACUAUUACAGGCAUUGAAGAUCUAUGUGGACAAUGGAGUCACUACUUUUGGAAAGACAAGUUCAUGAAGUUUAAUAACCGGAUCAUUCGCAAGAUUUUAAUCCGUGAUACUCGUCCAGAGUCGAGCAUUGUGGCUCUGUACAAGAAACUGGAGCUUCAGAACGCCAUGGAGAUUCUGGACACAAUGUCCGGUGACAUCAGUGCAGCUCCCUCUUUAAUUUCAUUACAUGAAGAGAGAAAGAAAGCCUCAAAGUCCAGGAAGAAGUUAUUGCCAUCUGAUGUGACAAAUAUGCAUGAGCUCUUAUCGAAGAACAUGUACAAGAUCAGACAGAGGACAGUGUCUUAUACCAAUAAGCAUUCAUUACCCAAUGAUAUCACAGCCAGAGAGAUCCUGAUAAGACGGCACACAAGCUUACGACGCAGCCUCAGAGCUGGAAGCUUCCAUGGCACUAAUGCUGCAAAAAUGUCCCAGAAGUUUUUUUCUCUGCCGAUGGGUCAGAGUCUGAACUCUGGAUUCCCUCCAGGGAGAUUCGGUCACACCGGAGAUGGUGAUACUGAAACCGAGAUUGACUAUCCGUCAAACAGGCCCAUGUUCAGGCAUCCACGGAGAUUGUCAUCUAAAGUAGUGAUGCCUCUCAGGCCGCUAGACACUCUGAAGGAAGCGGCUUCCUCUGUGAACAUGUUGGAUGAACAAAAUGAGGAGCAGAGGAUGUCACAUCUGAGGUCAAACAUCAGCCAUUCAGGACAUCAGACCUCAAAUCUGCCUUAUGGCUCAUCUAGGAAUUAUAGUAACAAAGACUGUGAGGGUGGAGAACAGCAAUCAAGGCCGAACACAUGGGUACAGAAACCUCAGAAUGAUGUACAGCAGCCUUUGAUGAGGAGACCACGCUGAUCUACAGGGGUGGAUACUGUUAAUGCAGCUGGACUGCUAUUACCUGAAGAAGAGAUCACACAACUCUGAAGCAAACUAAAACACUUACGCUAGAGAGAAAGGGAAGAAUUUACUCCAUGUUAAACAUAAUCACAAACUAUUCCUACGCAAGAAAUUUACAUAAGAGCUUUCUAUGACACUAAAACUAUCAGAAAUAGCGACAUAUAGGUCUUAAAGCCACAUAGUGUAUGCUUCAUGUGCAUUUAAAUUGGGUGCAUUGUCAUUUUCAUUUACAUGUUUUUUUUUGUAACUUACUGAAUUGAAUGUUAGCUUUGGGAACUAAAUAUUGCUAUUCAUGAGAUUUAAUAACUGGAUUUAAGUUCAUUACAUUAUUUAGUCACAGAUAAAUAUAAAUAUGAUGAAUGAAAUUUCUAAAUGAAACAAUUACUUGAUCCAUGAAAGUGGAAUUUGUUUAUAGGACAUGGGCACAAAUAUUAAAUUAUAAUAUAUUAUUAGCUCAAACAGUCCUCCAGUGUACAGUAUGAUACUAUUCAAAUGUUUAUGCUUUUUGAAUGAACUAUGAAAGAAACUAAAAUUACAUAACACCAGAAUUUUGUGUAGGCUCAGGCUACUUUUAUUUUCAUCUGUUUGAAAAUAA